AUGUCGUCGGCGUCGGCGUCCAGGGCGCGGCGGGGCGGGAGCCUGCAGUUCCCGGUGGGGCGGUCGUGGCGGCACGUGGCGGUGGUGGACGCCGGGUGCGGCUGCCGCCCGCGCCGGGCCACCACCAGGCUGCUCAGCCAGCUGCCGUCCUUCCUCCGCCCGUCGCCCAAGCCGCCGCAGCAGCCGCCGCGGAGCAGCUCCCGCUCCUCCUCGGGCUUCUUCCCGUCCUCGGCCUCCACGGCCUCCUCGGCCGCCUCCGCCGCCACCUUCACCACCACCCACUCCUCCUACUCCAACUACUCCGCCUACUCCUACAACUACAACCCCGCCGCCGCCGCCGCAGCCGUCACCAAGCACCCGCCGGCCUCCAAGGCGCCUGCGGAGGUGGCAACGAGCAGGAGGAGGCAGCAGCAGGGAGGCCACCAGGGCAGGAGGAAGAAGCGGUACGAGAAGAUGGCGGCGGCGGCGGCGCCUGCGGCGGAAGCAGCGGCAGGCGAGGACGGCGGCGACGUGGGCGUGGCCGUGGAGAAGGAGUCCUCCGACCCGCGCGCCGACUUCCGGGAGAGCAUGGUGCAGAUGGUCGUGGAGAUGGGGCUCUGCGGCUGGGACGACCUCCGCUGCAUGCUCCGCCGCCUGCUCGCGCUCAACGCGCCCCGCCACCACGCCGCCAUCCUCGCCGCCUUCGCCGAGGUCUGCGCGCAGCUUACCGCGCCCCCGCCGCCGCAGCCGGCGUACCACGCCUACGACUACCACUACCACUACUGA